AUGAUUUCAAAUCAUUCGAAUCACGUUGAACCAAAUCGAACGAAUAAUGACCAGAAACAAUCACUCACAACCAUUCAUCUCAUUGAUUUUGUAUCCGGAUCGGAUUAUGAGGCUCACAAUGACUUGCUUUUAACCAUGCUCAUCAAGAAUUUCCGAAUUCGCUCCUUACAUUCCACUACCAAGCUACCAUUUAAAUUUUCUGCUCCUUUCGAUGUAACCAUUUCUUAUAAUUGUGGUUGUAUUUUGGUGAAUGAUCGUGGCACGCAGAGCAUUGAAGUAUUUGAUUUGAUCACUCGACAACACAAAUCUUCGCUUUCGGUCAAAAACUUUUUUCCACAUUAUUUGUGCAUUGAAGAAAAUUACAAUGGUGAAGGUGAUGAUGCAUUGCUGAUGGGUCAUUUAGAGACUACUCUACUAACCUCAUACUGUGUUUGUAAGGUAGAUCUAAACACAUUUCUUUCGACUGGAAAUCUUUCGUUUCCUUUCCUUUGGCAAAACAAGAAAUUUACAAGAGAAGCUUUAGGAAUGUGUAUUGUGACCAAUCAAAACGGAGAUAGAGAGUUGGUAGUUUGUGAUUCAGGUAAUUGUUUUUUAAGAGUUUUGGAUUUAACUACUGGAGUUCAAAUCAAAAUCAUUCAAUGUGGUUUUGAACCGUGUCACGUUUGUAACGUUUUCAACGAGGAGCUCGUAAUUUCAUAUUCCUUCGUCAAAGGAGCUGUUAAAAUGAAAAAGGCAAAUGAUAGUAUGGAAUUUCAACUCUUGUGUGGAGAUCGCUCAACAAUAGAUUUCUAUGACGCCUAUUCGAUUGCUUUUGACUCCUACAAUAACCGUUUCAUCGUUUCUGAUCCAUCUUCUGAAGGAAAGCUUAAAGUGUACACAUGUCAGGGAAGCCUUGUGAACGAAUUUAAAUCGUUCAUGGAAAUGCCUAAAGGACUUUGUUUCCACAAGCUGACACGUGAAAUAUUUGUGUGUGUCCAAAAUUCUGUAAUUGGCUACCAAUUUGACUCGGUGUUUUUUAAAUAA